AGCCUGGUUUCCAGCUGAGUGCUUGCUCUCUCACAGUGUGUGUGUAUGUGUGAGUGUGAGUGUGUGUGUUGUCAUUAUUAUCCACUCUGCUCCCAGCUCAGAAUGGCCAGAUUCACUCAGACUGAAACAAGAAGGCAGCAGCAGCAUCCUCAGCAGCAGCAGCUCCAUCAGCAGCUCCAUCACUACUCCAGCCUGGUUUUCACCGGACCGGAGGCACCACCGACCCAACCACCACCGACCCAACCUCCACCACUACUACUGAUCCCACAUCAGCACCAGUACCCUCAGAUCACAUCUCCGAAACCCAUGAACGGGUCAGAACCCAUUUCAAUUCAUCCGGAGAGCGGCAACAUGAAAGACCAAGAUGCCAUUAAGCUGUUUAUCGGGCAGAUACCGCGCAACUUGGAGGAGAAAGACCUGAAACCUCUGUUUGAACAGUUUGGGAAAAUCCACGAACUGACAGUUCUCAAGGACCGAUACACCGGCAUGCACAAAGGUUGUGCAUUCCUCACCUACUGCGCCCGAGAGUCGGCCAUCAAAGCCCAGAACGCCCUCCAUGAACAGAAAACACUGCCAGGGAUGACUCGCCCCAUCCAGGUGAAACCGGCUGACAGCGAGAGCCGUGGAGAAGACAGGAAGUUGUUUGUUGGGAUGCUGAACAAACAACAGACCGAGGAGGAUGUUUACCGCCUCUUCGAACCCUACGGAGUCAUCGAGGAGUGCACGGUCCUAAGAGGUCCUGACGGAAACAGCAAAGGUUGCGCCUUUGUCAAGUUCUCCACACAUACUGAGGCUCAGUCUGCAAUCAGCGCCCUCCACGGCAGCCAGACCAUGCCAGGUGCUUCCUCCAGCUUGGUGGUCAAGUUUGCCGACACAGACAAGGAGCGCACCAUCAGACGUAUGCAGCAGAUGGUUGGGCAGUUUGGCAUCUUCAACCCAGCCAUCGCUCUUCCCUUCAGCACCUACAGCUCUUACGCACAUGCGCUCAUGCAGCAGCAGGCAGCCAUCAUGGCAGCAAGCCACGGAGGUUACCUCACGCCAAGUGUGGCUUUCCCCGCCACGCAGAUCCACCAGAUGGGGGCGCUCAACAUCAACAGCCUCCCACCCACCCCCAUGACCCCGGUGUCGGGUGAGUUUCAUCAAGCCCUGGAAACAUGGCGGAGCAACAUGAUGGACUUCGUGGAGAGAGGACACCCUCCAUAUGUAGAUAUAAACGGCUCAUUCCAAGCAGGCCUCAGUUCUCCACCAGCCAACAUCACCACCUCCGUGCCCAGCAUCGUCACGCCACUCGUCAACGGAUUCACCGGCAUCCCUCAUCAUCAGCCCAACGGACACCCCGCUGUGGAGACUGUGUACACCAACGGCCUGCCGCCCUACUCCACCCAGAGCCCCAGCGCCGCCGACACCCUCCAGCAAGCCUUCACCGGAGUACAGCAAUACACAGCGAUCUACCCCGCCACCACGCUGACUCCCAUUGGCCAGACACUGCCCCAACCACCCCAGGUCAUCCAGCAGCAGCAGCAGAGAGAAGGUGAGGGUCCAGAGGGUUGUAACCUGUUCAUCUACCACCUGCCACAGGAGUUUGGAGACAAUGAACUCAUGCAGAUGUUUCUGCCCUUCGGCACCGUCAUCUCCUCUAAAGUCUUCAUGGACCGGGCAACCAACCAGAGCAAGUGCUUCGGUUUCGUGAGCUUCGACAACCCUGCUAGUGCACAGGCAGCUAUCCAAGCCAUGAACGGCUUUCAGAUCGGGAUGAAGAGGUUGAAAGUCCAGCUAAAGAGACCGAAGGAUGCCAGCCGCCCUUACUGACACAGCCUACCUUCAGUAUUCAUUGCAGCAGCACAGGUUUUAGAGGACACGUGAAGAUAUCUCGGAGGAGUUAAACUUUUUUUCUUUGAAAGCAAAAUAUGUUUUAAAAAAAAUCAACACAUAAGGAAUUUUUUGAAGACAUAUCAGCAUUUACUUAUGAAGAUAUAGGUUACGGCGGGAAAAAGGAAGAUGCGAAAGAGGAGGCGGCGCUCCACCGGGGGACUUAUCAGUAACAGAUGGCACAGUGCAAGAAAGACGGAGAAGAAAAAAAAAAACUGAAAAAAGAUGUGAUGAGACUGAACAACAGAACUUUUUUUCUUGUUGAGACUUGAAUUGUUAAUUAAGCAACAAACUAACAAACAAAAAAGCAGCAACAACAAAUAGAUUUCUAUAUACAUAUUAUAUACACAUAUAUAUAAGGAAAGAGGCGCUUGUGGCUUUUACUGUACUGGACAAAUGAGGGUUAAAACUUGAAGAUCAAGAAAAACAGUGGAAAAAAA